AUUAGUCACAAAUGGGGGAAGAAACUGAGAAAGUUUCCAUAAAAUUGGAACGCAGCUGGCCAAAAGUUCUAUUUCAUUUACAUUUGCAUAUUAUUGCUGCUUAUGGCUUGUGCAUUCUCAUCACUCAAGCCAGUUGGUCUUCAGUUCUACUCUUUCUAGGACUUGUUUGUUGGGGUACUGUGAGUCUUACACUUGGAUGCCAUAGGCUAUGGGCCCAUAAAACUUACCAAGCUUCUCUGCCACUAAGGAUUUUUCUAGCUGCUGGCCAGCUUCUAGUUUGUGAUGGAUCAAUUAUAAGUUGGGUCUCUUGGCAUCGUUUACAUCACAAGCAUCAUGGCACAGACUUGGACCCGCAUGAUCAUAGAAGAGGUGUUUUCUUUGCCCAAUAUGCUUCACAUUGUCUUGCAGAUAACCCAGAACAAGAGAAAGCUAAAAAACAAAUUUCUAUUGAUGAUUUAGAAGAAGAUAGUGUUACCUACUUUCAGAAUUUACUGUAUGUCAUCCUUAUGCCAAUAAUUGGCAUUAUACUCCCAGCCAAUGCUGCUAUGGAAUACUGCGGAGACUCAUUUGCUGUUGCAUUUUUUAUGAUCGGUUUCCUUCGAGUUGCCAUUCUCCUUAAUUUAUCCUGGCUAAUACAUUCAGGAUAUCUUAUUUGGGGUCUUGAUCCUAUGGACAAGCGUUCAAGUGAUACAUGGCUAGUAUUUUUCUUCAAUAAGUCACUUUGGCCUCAGUAUCACUACUUGCUUCCAUGGGAUUAUAGAUCUGGAGAAUUUGGAACAUAUGAUAGUGGAUGCAGCACUGCCAUUCUUAAGGUUUUUGCAGCACUUGGUCUUGCAACUGGACUCACAACGAUUUCCAGAAACGGGGUAAAGAAAGCUUUAGCAGCUGCAGUUGAGUCGGGGAAGCCUGUAGUGGAUUGUCUUGAUGAGCAUAAAAUGGUCUUGCUUGACAUUAUCAACCCCGAUCCAGAUAACAACUAACUUCUUAAUUUAUAAAAGAUUGUCUAAUAACAAAGACUGUCGAAUUAAUAUUAAAAUAUUGUAUAGUAAAUUAUUAAUUAUCAAUUCUAUUGUUAAAAUUUUCAUAAAGUUAGUUGUAAAUAUUCAUGAGAGACUAAAAUAAAUUAAAUGAAUACUAGUGUCAUAGGAAGGAAUUUUAAGUAUAAUCAAUCAUCGGUUAUAAAAACAAAAUUGUUAAAUCUGGAAAAGUUAGUGCUCCUGGACGAUCUAAGCAUGAAAUAAUUUUUGGAUUAUCUAUUAUAUCAAGAAAAACAUUUUAAUUCAGGAAUCAUUAUUAAAUGAUGCUAAAAGAUAUCAUAUAGUCUAGUCAUAGCAGACAAUGAUAUAAACAGAAAAGUGAAAUUAUUUACUGAUAAACUAUUAUACGUUAAAUUGGCAAAGUAUAUUGUAAUCAUUAGAAACGAUCCGGCACCUUGGAUUAGUGCAGAUAUAAGUCAAUUGACAUAACAGCAGAGAUGGGCAAAUGCUACACCGAGUACCAAGAACCAAGUAUUUUACUCAAAUUGAAUCACUUUUGGGAAUUUAAUCACUACUUCAGUUGAUCGUUUGACAUCAACUGAAGUAGUAAUACGUGGUAGUCGGUACUUAUAGUAACAUUUGCCUGUCUCCGCAUAACAGAAGUAAUAUGCCUCAUAUUAAAUCCAACAUAUUUCAAACAUCUACUGAAGGAGAACAUUUGGGAGUGCUGAGAAAUUAAAAUAAAUAAGCAGUAGACAAAAUAAAUACAUAAUGUUAUCAGUUGAAAUAGUGAAAUCUCCAAAGAAAAUCUGGAAAGUACUAAAAAUAAAUAAAGUACUAAUAAAUAACACCAGAGAGCCACAAACAUAUGGUUUAUUGCAAGAAAAUUUUUGAAUAGAAUUAUUUAUUAUCAACUGCAGAAAUGUGUUAAUAAUGAUGAAGUAAUAAAUGCAUUCCAGACAGGAUAAGGAAAGGAAAGAGAGAGCGCAGAGAUUUAAUUUGGAUAACAGAUAACUAACAACCUUUAUAUCAGUUUAUUUCAGUUGAACUUUUGAUUUCAUAAUAGCUCCUAACAACAAUUCUCAAAUCAAAUCAAAUAAGUGAUAAAAAUACCUAGCUAUUUUAGUCAUGUUUAAUCAAGACAGAAUUUAUAUUUAAAUUACUUAAGGCAACAUGUCAACUUCUAAAAUAAAAUUAGGCUCAAAUUUAUCUGCUCUACUCUUCGUUAUAUACUUAAAAUGAUUUCUGUCUGUAUUACUUUCUGUAAUCAUUUUAUUUAUGUUGAUUAAUUGCGGAUAUAAUUAAAGGCAAGUAUUGUAAUGUAAAUAGUGCCAUGAAUAAAGGAAAUCUGAAUCUCAAAAAUAUUAUGAAAUGAUGUGGCAUGUUAAUUCAUGCAAAUAAAUCUAAAAGAAUAAUCUUUAGACUUAGGAUGUUCUAAAGAAAAUAUAUCUGCGACCAAUAUAUAAAAUUAAAAUAGGAAAAAUCCUUGAGUAUGAGAAUCAAGUUGAAAGUUUCUGAAAUAUUAUCAUAUUUUCACAUCAGUGAAGACUGCUACAAAAUAUUUAAAUUAAAAUAUAUGUACUUACAAAGAUAAGUAAAUUUACUGUAACUUUUUUCAAUCAACAGAACUACAGGAAAUUCUAGUUCAUUCAGGAAUAAUCCUCAAUUCAACUACGAAUUUGGCUGACUCUAUGAUAACUAAUUGCUUUACUGUUUUGUUUAUAAUUUAUUUAUCCCUAAUUGGUAUAUUAUAAUAUCUAUUUUAUAAGUUCUUCUAUUGAGAAAUUAAUAAUAAAUUCACAAAUUUAUCAAUUUCCUUGCUGAUCAAGUGUCCGUCCCUCCAAAAUGUUGUUUAUUCCUAUUUUAACUAUAUAAAAAAAAAAUUUUGAGAUGGAAAACAAAAAAACAAGAUUCAGUUUCUCAAACUUAAAAUUGAGCUUAUAGUAGGUAUCAAAAGUGCUAUAUAUAAAUUUAUUAUUAAUUUAACAUUUCAAUAAUAUAAUUACUUCAAUAAACAUAAUAGGGCAUGCAGCAUACUAUAUGCUAUAUCAAUAGAUAUCUUAAUUGAUUGAAAGAUGCAUGUUUAUUAAGUAAAUAAUAUUCCAAUAUAUACAAUUCUGUAAUAGCAAAUACAUGAUCUUAAAAAAUUGAUUCAGUUCAACAUGUUGGCCAUUUGGACAUAGUAAUAUUACAUUGGUAAUAUAAAAUUCAAAUAAACAGGUAUUUGUGACG